UAUAAACUAACUUAGUAUAAACCGAUUUGACAAUCUUGCCUCCCACCCGUAGCUGAAAGGCUCAACUCAUCAAUCCCCAUUUUUGUUAUUUAAGUUUGACUUUGGCCACAUAAACUUCCCAUCUCACUAAUUCCCAAAUCUUUUUGAAGGGAACUUUUCCUUCCUUGGUCUUAUUACUCCUUUCCUAAAACCUCACACUAAUUUUGUAACUCUUUUCUUUGUUAAAAUUCUAAAAUGUUGCAAUGUUGACUUUCAUGUGUCUCUUUCAAAUCAGUAUCAUGUUGUUAAGUUAAUAUUACUAACAAAAUUGCUAACCGAAAAAUCAACAUUUGGCUAAUUCUUAAUAUUUCGAUAUGUUUAGAUAAUAUAAAAAAAUCUGAAAAAAUUAAAUAAAAAAAUAGACAUAACCCUUAUUUUUUAAAAAAAAAAAAAGAAUGCCACUUACUAAUGAAAAUAUCUUUAUCUUAGAAGAAAAUUACACCUACUAAUAAGAAAUUCUAACCUUUGACCCGCCAAAAGGAAGCUCAAAUUGUUAAUUUUUUACAUAAUGCAUAUUUGACUACAAAAGCAUUAAUUAGUCCGUAGAAUAAAAUUCCUCCUUCGCAAAUCGCACUAAGCCACCAUAAACAGAAACAAAAUAAAAGAAAAGAAAUAUGGUUGAAAUCUGGCUAUCAUGUCACUGUGGCCCAAGUUCCACAGUCCAAAACCACAAACUACCACACUCUCACCUUUUUCUUUUCCCUCUCCCCGUCAGUUAAUCUUCCCUCCUCUCUGUCAUUUUCCUUUGGCCACCCCACCACCAUGAACUUGGCUCCUCCCUUAAUUAUCAUCCCUCAAACUCAAUCACGGACUCAUUCUGCUAGUUCAAGGGCCGGCUCCCAGUUCCAGUACUAAUUCCUGCUCUUAAUCUCACAAUCCCAUGUCAGGAAAACCACAAUCUCUUGUUCUCCUACCCGCCAAUCUCAAAAAGCUGUGCAAAUUUGAGAGCUUUUAAGCUCAAAGACAAGCCACAAGCACUUUCCUGCCUCAUUUUUCCACCAAACCGAUUCUGGGUCCUUCUCUAAACACCCCAUUGUUUUUCAAGAAAUGGUUUCUGGGCUUCCCCUAUUUCUUGCUUCGAGUAAUCUUGAAGCAAACACUAUUCAUUUUGGUAGUCUUGCAGAAAGACAACUUCUUUCUGUCCCUCUCUCUCCUUUUCUCUUCUGCCAACAGCAUUUUAGCUGAUUAAUCUCCUCCUGCUGCCAAUAGAGAUUUGGGGAUUUGGUGUGUGGCUGUUUACGGGAUGGGGUUUGUUGUCGACAGUCGGUUGGUGUUGCUGGUGAAGCUCUGUGCCAUUGGCUUGAUUUUCAUCAUCCAAGGAUCUUCAGGUUUUAGCAUAUCACCAACUCAGGGAAAUGAAAUUCAUUUGGCAGAGGGAGUUCAGAGUCCAGUCCAUCAGAUUAGCAAUCCACCAAGCUCAGAGUCCCUCCUAGAUGGUCCUACAACGUUUGACACUCCGCCUGAAUCGAUUUCGGGGCAGGCACCAUUCUACCAGCCUAGUCCAGUUGGAUCACCACCACCUUAUAGCUCUGCUCCUCCACCUGUAGUAAUUUCUGGAAGUGUGCCUCCUGAAUCUCCAACUGUUUCAUUUACACCUACAUCACACGGGAUAGUAGCUCCGUCACCCGGAAUUUUCCAAGGAAGUGUAGCACCUUUGCCAUCAAAAGCUGAUGAAGGAAGUGUUUCUCUUGACCCUCCCUUACCAAGUAUCGCUCCUCCCCCUCAGAUUUCUGGAGGGAACGUUGCACCUAUGCCAUCCAACUCUUCCGGAGGUGUUUUAGUUAGACCCCCAGCACAUAGUAUAGUGCCUCCUCCUCAAAUAUCUCAAGGACAAGUAGCACCUAUGCCAUCGAACUCCAAUGGAGGAAAUGUUUCCUUAGCACCUCCACCAAAGAGCAUGGUUUCUCCUCCCCAGAUAUCUCAAGGACAGCCUGCACCUUCGCCAUCGAGCACUUCUGGAGGAGGUGUAUCAUUGGUACCUCCACCACAUAAUACUAUAGCUCCUCCGCCUCAGAAGUUUGAUGGACAUGUAGCACCUAUGCCAUCAAACGAUUCUGAAAGUGGGCAGCCGGGUGCAAAGGCUCCUGCCUCCGUGCCAGUUGCAACACCUCCAGCUAAUUCUUCACCAAGCCUACCAUCCACCCGCCCAGGUGUCCCAGAAACUUCUCCGGGUAGUACUCAUCAGAACAGCACACCAUUCAAUGGUUCUCCUCUCCAAAAACCAGUUUCUCCAGCAUCUGCAUUACCUCCAAGGAUCGUGGUGAGGGAGAAACCAAUGCGACAUCCAAUUGCACCAGCAGUCAUUAUCCCCUCUGUCUCCCCAGUUCAGUCGCCCGAAGGAGACUUGCAACAAAAUUCAUCAAGAAAUCUCCCAGUUGCACCUUUGAAAUCCCCUCCAAGAUUGAAAGAUCCUGAGGUCUCAUCUCCAUCAUCUACUCCUCCAAGGACUAAUUGGAGGAAAGAUGAACCUCCAACUACUGCACCGUCAGCUGAAAUACAAAAGCCCUUGCCCGUGUUGCCACCUACAAACAACUCACCCACUAAGGCUUCUUCUCCUGCUGUGGCUCCUUCUGUGCACAAAGCUUUGCAGCAUUCGAAUGAAGCAUCUUCUCCAUCUUCUCCAUCUUCUCAUAAUCACCACAAAGCAAGAAAUGGAAUUAGCAGCACUCCUCCCAAAUCAUCAUAUGUCAUACCUCCUCAGUCUUCAGAAGAGCCAGCACUCCCUCCAUCAUCUCUUCCAACUAGCAGGCCCACAAACUUUGCUUCUCCACCUCACCAUCCAGGUACUAAACCGGUUAUAGGUUUUCCACUUGCCCCCUCGCCAUCAGAGACAGCAGCAUCUAACUGGACCACAAUACCAAUUCUUUCACCAAAAGUUUCUCCGAGAUCUUCAUCGAAGAACCCUAUGCCCUUGUUUCCGCCAAUCCAUGCAUUGCCCCCUCCACCACCUAAUCAAGAUUGUUCAACGACUGUUUGCUUGGAUCCUUAUGCAAACACUCCUCCCGGUUCUCCAUGUGGUUGUGUGUUGCCCAUGAAAGUAGGACUGCGCCUUAGUGUUGCGCUAUAUACAUUUUUCCCUUUGGUUUCUGAAUUUGCUCAAGAACUGGCGACUGGGGUUUUCAUGAAACAAAGUCAAGUCAGGAUUAUGGGAGCCAAUGCUGCUAGCCAGGAAUCUGAUAAGACCAUUGUCCUCAUUGACUUGGUUCCACUUGGACAAAAGUUUGACAAUACAACUGCUUUCUUGACUUACCAAAGGUUUUGGCUGAAACAAGUGGCAAUACAAACUUCCUUAUUCGGUGACUACCAAGUCCUCUUUGUGCGCUAUCCAGGUUUACCGGAAUCUCCUCCUUCAGCAGCUUCUGGGAUUACUAUUAUUGAUGAUGGGCCAUACUCUGGCAGUGGAAACAAUGCAAGAAUGAUAAAGCCCCUAGGAGUUGAUGUAUCCAAAAGGCGCCAAAAGGAUGGACUUAAUGGUGCUGUCAUUGCUAUUAUUGCUCUGUCAGCUUCUAUUGUUGCCAUUUUGUGCUCGGCAGUAGUUUGGAUUUUUCUUUCCAGGAAGAGAGGUCAUCAUGGCAGAGAGCCAUCACCAGCUCUCCCACCUUUGCCUGCUUCUGUUGCAAAACCCUCAGGGACUACUGUCUCGGCUCUUGGGAGUGCUCUCAGUUCUAAUUCAUUGUCAUUUGGCUCUAGUAUUGCACCAUACACGGGAUCUGCCAAAACCUUCAGUGCAAGUGACAUCGAGAAAGCGACAGAUAACUUCAACGAUUCAAGAAUACUCGGGGAAGGUGGUUUUGGACGUGUUUAUAGUGGUGUUCUUGAAGAUGGGACGGAAGUAGCAGUGAAAGUUUUGAAAAGGGACGACCAACAAAGUGGUCGAGAAUUCCUUGCAGAAGUUGAGAUGCUUAGCCGCCUUCACCAUAGAAACCUUGUCAAGUUGAUUGGGAUAUGCACAGAAGAGCAUGCUCGAUGUUUGGUCUAUGAGCUAGUACCUAAUGGCAGUGUGGAAUCUCAUUUGCAUGGGGACGAUAAGGAAUCAACUCCACUGGAUUGGGAUGUCCGGAUUAAGAUAGCGCUUGGUGCAGCUCGAGGUCUUGCUUAUCUUCACGAGGAUUCAAGUCCGCGUGUCAUCCACAGGGAUUUCAAAGCCAGCAACAUCUUGUUGGAGAGUGAUUUCACUCCAAAAGUCUCUGACUUUGGAUUGGCACGAUCUGCCCUGGAUGAGGAAACCAGCCAUAUAUCCACUCGUGUCAUGGGAACCUUUGGGUAUGUGGCCCCUGAGUAUGCAAUGACCGGCCAUCUUCUAGUGAAGAGCGAUGUAUACAGCUACGGUGUAGUCCUUCUCGAGCUUUUGAGCGGGAGAAAGCCAGUGGAUAUGUCACAACCACCAGGUCAAGAGAACCUAGUAGCUUGGGCGCGCCCACUUCUGACAAGUAGAGAAGGGCUGGAAAUGAUAAUUGAUCCAUCUCUAGGCCUCGAUGUCCCCUUCGAUAGUGUGGCCAAAGUUGCAGCCAUUGCGUCCAUGUGUGUGCAGCCGGAGGUGUCUCAUCGCCCUUUCAUGGGCGAAGUUGUUCAAGCAUUGAAACUGGUGUGCAAUGAGUGCGAUGAGGCGAAGGAAGUAGGGUCGAUAAGUUCCAGCCGAGAUUUAUCAGUGGAUGGUGGCGAGGCCAGUACCACCUCGGGGAAGCUGCUGCCAGAGAUGUUCCAUGACCAAAGAUUGGGGCUAGGGCCGAGCAACUAUGACUCUGAUCCGGAUAUCGAGAGAGGGCUAAUGUUGUCGGAUAUGUUUGGCACGUCGGGAAGAUUUGGGAGGCAGGCACCGGCAUCAGCAUCGUUCAGGAGGUAUUCGAGUUCUGGGCCAUUGAGUAGUGGGAAGGGAAGGGAGUGGUGGCAGAGAAUGAGAAGAUUGAGAGGGGAGAGUGUGAGUGAACAUGGGAUCAUGUUCAGACAAUGGGCAGGUUCAUAUUGAAAGCUUGGCCAAAACUCUUGUUUAUGUGUGAAUAUUGAUUUAUUGCACAGUUCUUAGGAGGAGGCUAGAGGAAUGAAUGGUGAAAUAAGUUUUGGGGAAAACCAUUUACAAGGAGACUAGAAAAGAAGUUGCAUCCCAGCAUGAAUUGACAGUAAAGAAGGAUGAAGGAAGUAUGACAGCAAGUGAGUUUUGACCCUUUUGAGUAAUAACAGACAAAGAGGAGGGCAAUUUAACUUGAAUGCUUUAUCAUUGUCCAGAUACAAAAUUGUAAUUUAACCCCUUUGGUCGGUUUGAGGGGUACACAUGUAAUGUAAGAAUCAAUGUAAAAUGUAAAGUGGAGCAAAAUGCUGCAACUACAAGUGUACAGAUUUUUGUUCCUCCCUGUUAUUUAGAUAAUGUUUAACAAUUGUGGAUCAACCUAGCUAAUUAUUAACAUAUUCAAGAAAAAAACAGAAGAAAUGCUUAAUUGAUAGAUGGCAUGUGAUAAUAACAAAUAGAAGACAUGCUAUAAUGACAUGUUGGUUCAGAGGUCAUCUAUCUAAAAAAAUUUGGCAUUUUGACCCGUCCCAUUAACGUUAAACUCAAAUUAUACUUUUCUGACCUGACUCGUGUGACCCGACCUGUAUAGGGCAGGUAUUAUCCGAUCUGCAGUAGAGUCGAGCGUAGGGUGAUGUAUGGGUAUUGCUUCCGACUUGUCUUGCCCUGUCCCGCCCUAUUCUUGACCCAUUCUAUCAUGAUUUGCAUCAAUAUUCACAUGUAUUUAUUGUCUUUUGACCUUUUUUAAAAUCAUAUUUUAAUUCCAAUGAAAUUUUAAGACUCAAUCUUACAACUCUUUAGAGGAAUUACUCCUAGUAUAUUUCUCAUUCACUCAGGAAGAAUUUUUUUUUUAUGUCUUCUUGUAAAAGAGUUGAACAUCGACGUUAUUUUUGCAAAUAACAUACAAGAAUGGAUCAACCCGCUCCCCCAUACUCACGCGGAUAUUACCCGACCUAACUCGCACUUAGUGCAUACAAGUAUGAAUAUUGAGAUACCCGUCCCACCCAUUACCAUCACUACUUCCAACUCACUAUCACUAAAAUAUAAGAUUAUCCUCGUUUUCCCCUCUAAACCCCGUUACAAGUAGAUAGAUGCCACAAGGAGAGGUUCACAUUCGGCAGGGGGAUUAGUAAUCAAGGAUUAGAGUGGUUCGAUUGUCUUGGCUCGAGGUAUUCAUUUUGUCGAUAUUGAUGACCCGCUUAAAGUUGAACUUUUAGUGCUCCUCGAGGCCAUCCAAUGGUGUCUGGAUUGUGGUUUCUCGCAAGUUUGGUUUGAAAGAGACACAAAAGUGGUCAUUGAUAAGGUAAAUUUGACUGGUGCUCGAGAUAAUCGUUUUGGAGCCAUUUAGUUAAUAGUAUUUGGCUCCUGAACUAUGAAGGUUUUUCUAUCAUCACUCCUGUAUGAAUUUUUUCUAACAUAGUCCUUCAAAUAUAAAGAUUUUGUUGUUGUGACCUUUAACAUUAAGAGAUUGUUAGUCACUUGUUAAACGGGAAACCAACUACCUACUGGACACACUAAUUAUGUGCAGACUCAGUAAGAAAAUUGUAUAAUUACAAUGUUACUUUUGCUAUUAAUAAUUUUUUAGUUUUGACAAAAGAUAAGUCGAUUUGUUGAUUUUGAUUAAAAAUCAUAGGAUGAAACUCAUGGAAGCGAUUAGUUGGGGAGUGGUUAAAAUAACAAGGAUUUUUUUGUUGUUGUAAUUAUGAGGCCUUUUUAUGCACACGAGCCUUGUAUCAAUGUUUAGAUAGAUCUCAUUUAACAUAGAUUAACUAACUGACUGUCUUUUGAUAGAUCUCAUUUAACAUAGAUUAACUAACUUACUGUCUGUGAAAGAUAAGCACCAGAUUAGAAAAAAUAUGUACUUCAAAGGUUAUGAUAUGAAAAUAAAUAGUUCAGGGACAU